ACAGUCCCGUCCUCAGCGUAGAAGUGUAGUAAAGACGGUCUCAGCGGAGCAGACGCCCUCCUAACAGCUCUCAUACAGGACUGCAGCAGGACUUUACACAUCUGUUCAGGGUGAUCAGAACUCCACAGGACGACAUCGAGGAAAUGGAGGAAGAAGCAGCAGCUGACUAUGUUAAUGCUCCAGCACGCACUGGGAAGAAAAUGGCAGCUCGCCCAGGCCAGAGGUCUCGCUGCUUCUCUCAGUCUUUUCUACCCAUAGCAGUGUGUUGGCUGAUACUGUUGGUCAUCAUGGGCCUCCGUAUCUACUUUACCAAUCGCAACCUCAACAACAGUGUCUCAGAAAAACCGAUCACAAAUCUGACCGCAUUAAAGCAGGAUCUGGAGACACGAAACCAGGAGCUGGAGACACGAAACCAGGAGCUGGAGACGGAGAGGAAGAACUUAACAGGACCGAUACAAAACAUCAGUCGAGCUCAGUGGAGCAUCGAUGAAUACUGCCCCAAAGUACAGAACGUUUCAUAUAGACGUUGUAGACCUUGUCAGGAGGGAUGGAGACUCAUCAGGUCCAGCUGCUAUCUAUUUGCUGAUCCUUCUGAUCUGAAAACCUGGGAAGAAGCUCGAGAAGACUGCAGAGCACGGAGUUCAGAUUUGCUUGUUGUACAUGAAGAUGAACAGGAUGCAUUCGGUUUUUACAGCAGGUACGGACCCUGGAUUGGUCUGAAAUCUGAAGGAGGGAGAUGGAAGUGGAUCGAUGGAAGAGAUCUGACUGAAAGUGUCAGCAGAUGGAUACAAGAACCACAUCCUCCCACUGACGGUCAGUGUGUAUUUUCUGACCGGUUCAAAUGGAUAUCAGAGAGCUGUGCUGAGAGAAGACCAUGGAUCUGCCAAAAGAAGUCUUUAUCUGUUUAAAGACAGCAGUCAGACUUGAGAAGGUUACUGAAUGCUCUGCAUGAUAAUAUCAUCUGGCUUCAUGAAUAUCUAACAAUGA